AUGGCAUUCGAUCUCCUCGAGCGCCGCAAAGAGAAAUUUGUCCUCUGGAUACCUGCUGGACCAACUUCAAACCCCCCUUCACUGGUGCUUGGCAUUUUUGAUCUCGGUCCUCCUGCUACUAUCGAUGAAUUUUUCACCGGGCAGCUGAGCAGGUCAGACCAACAGGAUCUCUGGGAACUCGACCUAAGUAGCAUAAACCCACCAUUAAGGAAUGGCUCUGUCUAUCACUACUGGUUCGAGAUACAAGAUUCAUCACCAAAGGGUCUGGGUACCUUCCGAGUAACCGAUCCAAUUGCAUAUACGGUCGACUACAGAGCCACGGGAACUCACGAGCACAUCCGGCCAGCUUCUGCAAUCAAGUUCCGCGAGCACGUCCAGCCAGCUUCUGUAAUCAAGUUCCGCGAUGGCAAGCUAUGGCCCUGCGACAUUGAUGGAAAUGAGCCAAGCCAGGUAGCACCCCCACCACAAGAUGCUAUACCGGACAACAAUCACAUGGUGAUCUACGAGCUCCCAGCUUCGUGGGCGAAAUAUAAACAGGUUGGGGAUACGCAGGUUGAUGUUGGCACCUUCACAGAUGUGCUUGCUCUAUUUGACUUGGAGACUCCUGGUGAUCGUUUCAGGGAUAUUUUGCCUGUUGCCAAUAAAGCUAUUGUAGCUGACCUGGGCAUUAAUGCACUGGAGCUACUCCCUCCUGCAGAUGCGAAACCAAUGGGUGAAUGGGGAUAUGCUACAGCUCACUACUACGCUCCCGACUUCGAUCUUGGAACUUCAUCGGAAUUAGUAAAGUUGGUGGAGAAUAUUCACUCCAAGGGCAUCCGAUUCUUUACAGAUGUUGUGAUGGCUUUUGGGCACGAUCCAUAUAUCUACAUAGCUUUCAUGCAGUUUCAUCUUGUCCCGAAGGAUGAAAAAGACAACCCGGAUAGCUACCAAUAUCACUCCGAUGAGCUGCGAAAGGAUUGGGGUGGACAACUGUGGCGCUACAUCCAAGACACCAAUACUUAUGAUCCAAAAUCAGGCAGACGCAGAAAUGUCCAUCCGUCCUGGGCCUUCCAUCACGGACAUCUUCACCGAUGGAUGUCGGACUUCGGUAUCGGCGGUCUCAGGCUUGACAGUGUAAACAACAUCGCUAAUUCUGAUUUCAUCAAAUCCUAUACAGAUGAGGCAUGGUCUCUCUAUAGGUCAAGAUAUGAGACACCUUCCCCCUCUAAAUUCCUUAUCAUCGGCGAAGAACUUAGUGUUCCUGUCGACUUGGUCACUAGCAACACCCUCAAUGCGCUCUGGAACGAGCCGUUCCAAGGCCGUCUUCGCGCAGCCAUCCUAGGAGAACAAAAAGAUGGUGAUAAUUUCGAAUGGACGGUCCGUAAAAUGAUCAACUGCACGCUCGACAAUUCUCACCCUUUCACGGACGGGGCACAAGCAAUAAAUUACAUCACCUCCCAUGACACUGAAGGAUUCAGGAAAGAGCGCCUUUUCAACUUUCUUUCUGCUAAUCACAUCAGUGACAUUGAGCGACGAAGUAAACUCGCAUUUACGUGUCUCUUGACGGCCGUCGGGAUUCCGAUGAUUUUUGCGGGCGAAGAAUUUUGUGAUCAGAUGGAUAGUCCAGUAGGGGAGAAACAAGUUGACCCUGUGAAUUAUGAGCGAAAGGCACAGGACUGGAGGGCCAGGGUCUUCGAUUACGUUGCGAGACUUAUCAGGUUGAGAAAGGAAUGCCCGGCUCUAGGGGUUGAUGAUACAGAGUUCAUUCAUGUGGAUGAGAGCCGUGAGGGCAAGAUCAUGGCGUGGAAGAGGGGAGCACAGGGCCAGGCGCCGGUGGUUGUGGUGGCUAAUUUUACUGAUCAGGAUACACCUGGUAAUGAGUAUUUCAUAGAGAACUGGCCCGAGCGGGAGAGGGAAGACUGGAGAGAGGUUACUCAGGGGAGGUACGUGCCGAGGGAGUGGGUAGGGCGGGAACCAUUGCUGCACUGGGAAGCUAAGGUCUAUACAUAUUAG